UCCUGGCUUUCGACUCCUGAACCGCCAAUACCAGAACCUCACGGUACCACAAAAACAACACAGAACCAGGAGUCUGCAACAAGCCAGAACAGGGAAACAGAAAUUUCCGCAUUUUCAAGACCACUAGGACCCGGAACGUUAAAUGAUGAAUGAGAGAAUGUGCAAACAGCGUGCCCCGGCGUACGAUGUGAAUGCUGCAGGAGGAUUAAUGCCGUUGAUACAAGCCCUCAUCAAACCUCCGGAAUCGAUGGAUACGCUUGGCAGGACUGGAUUGAGGCGAUCAACCCAUCCGUACUAUCGAAGACCGGGCCGGGGACACAACAACGACACGUGCGACGCGUGCAAGGAGGGUGGAGAUUUGCUGUGCUGUGAUCGGUGUCCCUCUAGCUUCCAUCUCGGUUGUCACGAUCCGCCACUGUCGGAGCAAGAAAUCCCGCACGGCCAGUGGGUUUGCCAUACGUGCAAGUGUAAAGCGAUCGACGAUCCACUCGGGACGACCGCAAGAGCGCAGCUACGUGAUCGAAGCCUGUCGCACAAGAGCUCCAAUUCUAGUGGUUCCUCCAGUGGUAAGGUAUCGAUCGACGGUGAUCAUAAUGAUGGUGGAAGUGGCGGAAUGUAUAGUGCACCGGCAUCCCCACCCCAACCGGCAUCGCUGGCAACACAACAAACGGCAUUAGCGCCGGUAGCUACGCUAGUACCGAUGGAAAGCCAUUCGUCCGAUGACACUCCGAUGCCGGAAUCCGUGCACUCCGUCGAGCGCGCCGAACAGAACGCGGAACGAGCGUCGAUGGAAGCGAUGUUUCCGGAAACGAUGGAUGUAGAAGAGGCAGACGAGGAGGAGGAAGAGGAAGAGGACGAGGAGGAAUUCAAGCCGACCACUCCGCUCGAUUACCUGAUACGGGCGGCGAAAAUAUUGAAUCCGAAGCAGUUUGAGUUGCCCAGCGACUAUGAAGUGAACUUCCCAUUUCCCGGCACGGAAAAACCGGAAUAUGGAAAGUUCGGCAACGGGAAGCGGGCGAAACUGCGGAAAAUGCACGAACUGGACUGCCAGGGGCUGGUGCCGUUGCCUGCCCGGACGUGCCAUGUUUGUGGCGCUUCCUGUCGCAAGGCACCGCUAGUAGCAUGCGAUUAUUGCGAUCUGCUGUUCCAUCAAGAUUGCCUUGAUCCUCCGCUUACGGCAUUACCUACGGCGAUGUGGAUGUGCCCGAAUCAUGUGGAACAGUUUGUUGAUUGGAAGUUAGUCAACUCAGUGUCGGCAUCCGAACGUAUACGGCUGUGGAACCAGUUUAAUGGAGAAGUGGACCAUGAACUGGUAAAGACGGAGUUCAUUCGAAUGGUGCACCGGAAGAAUCCUCCCUUUCGGUUUAAGCAAAAGUUGCGGCAAAGACCGAAGAUCGUUGUUCCACCAGCGAUCGAACACAUGUACCGCAAUCCACCACCACUGUUACCUUCGCUCAAGACGUUUCUGCGAUCGCGGAAUGUGAACCGUUCGGUGCAUUUCGAGGAUGCUCGCAUCCGGUACGACGAUCAAACGCUACUGGGCAUAGUGGAACAGGAAAUCAAGGAUAUAGAGGAAGCUGAUGAAAAGCUUGGCUUCGAAAAGGAGAACAGCGGCGACGGCACCAGCGAAGACGAAGAAGAAUCGUCGAAAAAACCGGCCAUAACGGGGGAUUCCAGUAAGGCUGGGGAACUAAUCGGGGACGGAGAUAGUGAGAGCAAUAAAUUGAAAGAAAAUAGUCCGGAGCCAGCAGGUGACCAGUUACUGGGGGAAGGUGGCAGUAAAUUGGGGGAUCUGGGAUCCAUUAAAACAGAUAUAACAGCCGAGGAUCACACGCGUACAGGAGAUUUAGAUCAGAGCUCUUCAGCAGAUGUCCAAUCGAAGGCAAUGGAUAGUGAACUGGACGGCCUGGAUGAGGGAUUGGUGCGGUUUCUAGCUGUUCAGCGCCUCAAGCAGAUCAUUGCCGAACAUCCUUCCUGUGUCGACAGGACUGCAUCGAGCGGCACUACUCGGAGUGAAUCGAUCGAACGGCUAUCGCAACAGGAGGAUCUGAAAAAGAUACCUCUACCGAGCGAACUGCUCACAAAGGAUGAUAUCGAGAGGAUAGCUCGUGAAUUCACUCAUACAAAUGGUACUACCAGUAGUGGUACCAUUGCUCUCAAAAAGGAAGUGUCGAAUGAGGCCUGUCUGAAUGGAGAAUCGGGAGGACAGCAAGCAAAUGUUUCGAUCACAGCGGCAGUGAUGCCAAAGAUCGAUCUACAUCACCCCACAGCGUCCAGCACAAUGACAAGUGGUGGGGGUACUGGCCUUAAUAAUCUGAUGGAGCGCAUCGCAAGACAAGUGCAGCAACAGCGGAUACGUGCACGGGCUGCCCUGACCUGGAUCGAUCUGGAGGAGGAUGGUUAUUUCUCCUUUGAGAAAGUUGACGCGAACGACGCGAUAUGUAUGUCGUACCGUUCGUUUACCAUCGGGUCCGGUCCCGGUAACGAUGUUACGCUGGCCAAGUACGGCGAUUGUUGCUGUACUUCCAGCAGACAUGCGAUCAUAUUUUACGAUGAGGUGACGCAAAUGUUCGAGCUGAUCAACUACUCCGAGUAUGGGACGGAAGUGAAUGGCCAGUUGUACGGUUGCGAUUUCAGCGACCACUGGCGGAGAACGGAGACGAAUGAGUCAUGCCGCACCGGUGCGACUGUUCAUCGCAAGAAAAAUGGUCGCAACGAGGAUGGUACGGUGCAACAAGAGUCGCCAUCACCCGGAACUGUAGCCAGUAAUGCAAAGAAUGAGCAACUCAGGCAAGAAGUGCAGAGCAUUCUGUCGAAAUCGCGUAAACCGAACACGUUGGAAGAGUUUUAUGCCAGCACUUGCAUGGCGGAUGUACCGAUACCGGCCUGCAAAUGUUCGCCCGAUCGAAGAAUCCCGGUACUGGUAAACGGAUGGGAAGGCAGUGCGAUACUGUAUCACGGAGCGCUGCUCCGUUUCGGUUGCCACGCGUUUGUCUUCACGAUCGUGGAUUACGACGAGGGUGAGGAUGAGUUUGAUGAUUCGUACCAGGACAGCGAUAGCGACGAAUGACGCCACAGUCACCACCUGCCAUUCAUUCCAUCCUGCUCGCUGCUAGCCAACCUAUAGAGACCUCAGCUUAUGGAUCGUAUAUAUGUAUUUCAAUGAUAUACCUGGUCGAUACAAAUGAUACUACAAAUGAUUAAACAUUAAGCACCUGGGUAGAUUAUUUUGCAAAUAUACUCCAAUCUUACAAUUGAUUUUGCGCGGGAUUACUCCCCUACGGAAA